AAGCUACCUUUUUUAAAAAAACUAUUUCCGAUGCCUCUUCGUUUUCCCUCCGACGUCUCCCCAAUGCCUAGUUCCAUCUCCCAUCCAUCCUUAACCCUCGCCAUCAACGCCGACGACGGGCAGCAUCCCUUUGUUUCGUCGCAAUCGUCUGGAAUGUCGACCACUUCGGCGCACAAUCAUCGUACCGUCGAUACCCAGUUCUCUUCCUUAUCCUCCAAGAAGAAGCGCAGACGCAAACGCAGCGAGAUGGUUCAAAAGGAGGUAAUACAAAUUGAAUCAGGCGGUGAAUCUGAUACAGAUUCAGUGGUAUUUAUUAGUGCAAACUCUUCAGAUCACAAGAAAAAGCAGCCUGUGGUAUAUGUGAACGAUGAUGAAGAGGAGAUAAAGCCGAAUCUUGCACCUGAAAGUACUGUGCCCUGCGAGCAGAAGGAGGUGGUUGGAGAAGAAAUUGACAUUAAUGUUAAAGCAUUUAAGCAAUUUGAUCUUGUUUGUGAUCAUUCAGAUCACUACUAUUCUAAAGCAACAGUUGUUAGAACAAGAAAUUGGGCAAAAAGUAUUCAGAAUGAGUGGAAGGUUCUCGAGAAUAAUUUACCUGAAACGAUAUUUGUCAGGGCCUUUGAAGACAGAAUGGACAUUCUCAGGGCUGUUAUUAUAGGACCCGAUGAAACUCCUUAUCAUGAUGGCCUCUUCUUCUUUGAUAUUCAAUUUCCUGCCAAUUAUCCCCAGUCACCUCCGGUUGUUUAUUACCACUCUGGAGGGCUUCGACUCAAUCCAAACUUGUAUGCUAAUGGCAAAGUCUGUCUUAGCCUUCUUAACACCUGGAGUGGAAGUGGCUGUGAGUUGUGGAAACCUUCAAAAUCGACCAUGCUACAAGUCUUGGUUUCUAUUCAAGCUCUGAUUCUGAACUCAAAGCCCUACUUCAAUGAACCCGGAUUCCCACGUCUAGCUAACACAAAGAAGGGACAGGAGAGUUCAAUUGCUUACAAUCGGGAGACCUUCCUGAGUUCCUGUCGAACAAUGCUGUACUCCCUCAGGAGACCACCGAAACACUUUGAGGACUUUGUUACUGAGCAUUUUCGCAACAAGGGAAUUGCUAUUCUGUUAGCUUGUAAGUCUUAUAUGGAAGGUGCUCUGGUCGGCUGUGCUGGCAAGCGAGACGAGAGCUGCCCACCACAAUUCAAAUCCUCCCUGAAAACUCUGUUUCAAGAUCUUCGGAAAGAGUUCAUGACAAAAGGAGUUGAUUGUGAGCAGGUUUGUGUUGCUGAGAUGAAUGGCACAGACAAGCCACUGCAAUCAGCUCUGCCGCAACUGCCAAUGGCGUGGACGGCUGCCGCGCUACCCCAACCGUCAUCGUUUAUGCCCAUGCCAAUGUUUCCAGCAGGGCCAUUGACAGAUCCUCAAACAAAUGCUCCAUGGAAUUUCCCUGGCUUUCCCAUUGCUAUGCCACCAGGCACUUCACUUGCUCCUGCUGAAAUGUCUGAUUUCUUAGGUGUAAUUAAUGGUGCUUUUGUAUACUCCGCCGCGCGAUCCCUUCUCUCUCUCUCUCGCUCUCGCUGUCUCUCGUUUCCUUGGUGUUUCUUCUCGGUGUUGCUUUCGAUUCUGGGCAAGAAGUGGUCGGAAACGGCAGGCGAUUGCUGCUCAUUGAGACGGGUAGAACUGGAGCCGAAGCAGACGAUCGGUUUUGGGCUGGCUUCCAAGUCUCGUGUGUUCCCUGGGAGCUUCUCUGACGAUCCGGAUCUUAUGGAGGGAUCGGCGUCGUCGUCGUCUGGGAGCUCGCCGGGCCAAUCCAAGCGGAAGCGUAAUCAGGUACCUCAUGACGUGAUCAGCUCUGAUGGUGAAGAUGAUCCAGAUGGAAUUGUUGGGGAUAAUAUUCCAGAUCAAAAGAAUAAGCAGCCAGUGGCAUAUGCUGAAGAUUGGCAAAACAUGACAAAGGAUGCUUUGACUACUGAGCUUAUUGGAUCAAGCACAUACAAAGUCUGGAAGGAUGAUGUUACUGUGCCAGAUAUCCCAGGAAGUUCUGAUCUGGACUUGAUCAACUUUAACAACUCAGAUGGAUAUGAAGAUGAUGAAUUUGACUUUGUGGAAGAUGAUAAUGUGGACUUUGCCUAUGAGAACUAUUUGACGGACAAUGACCUUAAUUCUAGUUUGGCUGCAAAACUUGAUGACCUGGACCUGCCUGCAGGGGUGGAAGCUUCUGUGUCAUGGUUGCAGAAGCAUGAUGUAAGGUCAACUAGAGCCAAAAAAGAGAAUACUGAUGAUGAAAUUGAACGGAAAUAUAAAGCCUUUAAGCAAUUUGAUACUGUGCAAGAUAGCUCAGAUCAUUACUUCGCCUGUCCAAAGUCUGAUGAUGGAGGAACAUCUGCAGUAAAGAAGCCACCAAAAGAAUGGGCGAAGAGAAUCCAGUCGGAGUGGAAGGUCUUAGAGAAAGAUUUACCUGAGAAUAUAUUUGUUCGAGUUUAUGAAGAUAGAAUGGAUCUUCUUAGGGCUCUCAUCAUAGGUCCUGCUGGAACUCCUUAUCACGAUGGUCUUUUCUUCUUUGACAUCUGCUUCCAAUCAAAUUAUCCCCAUUCACCACCGCUUGCACAUUAUCACUCGGGUGGGCUUCGAAUUAAUCCAAAUUUGUAUGCUUGCGGGAAAGUUUGUCUGAGUCUUCUGAACACUUGGCCUGGCAGUGGCUGUGAGAAGUGGAAUCCAUCUAGUUCUACUAUGCUGCAAGUGCUUGUCUCUAUUCAAGCUCUUGUUCUGAAUGCAGCACCUUAUUUUAACGAGCCUGGAUAUGAACAAUAUGCGAAUUCCUCUCAUGGAGAUCGUUUAUCCAGCAGCUACAAUGAGGAAACCUUUCUGCAUUCCUGCAAGACAAUGCUAUACACAAUGAGAAGACCACCACUGCAUUUUGACGUGUUUGUUUCUGGAUACUUUCGUGAGAAAGGGCGUGCUAUACUUGCUGCAUGUAGGGCUUACAUGCAGGGUGCCAAGGUUGGGAAUCCUAAUUUAGAUGUGCUGCCUGAUGCUCCUUCUGAUACAUCAUCCCCUUCCCCCGAGCUCUUGGAUGUUUUUUCUGAGGCGUCAUCCGCUUCCUCCUUCAAGCGCAUGCUGAAGAGUAUAUUUGAAGAGCUUUUAAUGGAGUUCACCGUCAAAGGUGCUGACUGUAAUGAGUUUCUCGUGCAAAAGGCGACGGCUGGACUUGCAAAAGGACCAGAUACUUCCCUAAAGCUAUGAGCUGAAAUUUCAAUGUUUCUUCAUCCCCUGAAUCUAGUGUAUCUCCUCUUAUGUGCCAGGUAGGACCGCAGAAGUAGCUCCAUCAGUUCCAUUAACUUGUAGGCCUUGUAAAUAGCGGGUUUGGGUAAUUGCUAGUUUUCAAUUUUGUUGCUGUAGUGACAUUUCCAAAUGUGGUCUAUAAUAUAUAUAUAUAUAUAUUUUUACAGUCCAAAAGAAACUUUCCUCAUUUCUUGUAUAUUUAACUUCCCAUUUAUUUCAAAUUUGUAAAGAUCAUAUUCUUCUUGUUA